UUUUCCCUAAAUCUCUUGUUUUCGAUAAGAUCGAUCAUUAUUCAUCAUCAUGUCUCUGCUUCUCAACGAGCCUUCGAUGUUGUGCCUAGGCAAACCUGCGUCGAUGAGGUCAUCUCUUUUUCUCUCUAGUGGCUUCCCAUCUUCCUCACUGCGAACCCUUCCAUGUUCCAUCCACGGUUGUGGACUGAAGGUUAGUAAUGUUCCUAAAUCUCGCCACACUUCUUUGGAAAAGAAGGUGCCUGUGGGUAGACAUAAAAUAGAUUGGCUAGCAUACCUUGGCUGGUUAGCUACUUACAGUGACGACGGAAUUUUGCGUUUCAUUGAUUCUAUGUGGGAUUCAGGAGAACCGAAACACUUUUCGUCGCCUCCUUUUGUAACUUUACCUCGUUGCCAAACUCAAAUUGUCACCAACGUGGUCGCAUCUUCUCCUCUUGACGACGAGGACUGUGUUGUGGCUGUCAAGUUUUUGGGACCUCAACUCAGCUUUUUCAGACCUGCUCAAAGUAAAUUUGGGUGGACCAACGUUAGAAUCGAAAACCCUUGCUUCUACUCCUCCAAAGUCAUGUUUUCCAAGAAAGAUGGCAUGUUUCGUAUUCCUGGAUCUGGAGGCCACAUUAUCGGAUCAUGGGAUCUCCACACACACAAGCAAACACCACCGAAGAUUCAGAGGUUGCAGCUCCAAAACCUUCCCGAGCGGACCAGGACCCAACGCGAGCUUCUGGAAUCUUCCUGGGCGAGCGUAUUCUUGGUGGAGUCACAAUCAACCGAUGAAACUUUCUUGGUUAAGUGGUACAAGAAGACCUCUGGAAAGAUCAUGAAAACAAAAGGUGUAAUGGUGUUCAGGCUAGACCAUAAAGGAAACGCUAUUUACACUCAAGACAUUGGAGAUCUCUUCAUUUUCCUCUCACGAGAUGGUAUUUAUUGUAGACCUGCAGCUGAAGAACCCUCCUACAACUAUAGGCCUAACCACGUCCAUGUCGGUGAUAAAGACGGGUUCUUCACUAUCAAUCUGGCAAGUGGCGGAUUAGAAGUUCACAGAGAAUUCUAAUUGAAUAGAAUCUCUUUGACAUUGUUAUGCAUAUGAUGUGGGAUAAUCUUUGCUAUCAUCUCUCUUCCAAUUAUUUUUGUUUAAACUAUAUCCAAUAAGUUUAUGAAUCAUUGUUGUCACCAUUAAAAAGUUGUGUAGCACAGAAAAGUAGAAAACUAAACUAAGAGAGAACCCGUGUUUUCCCUCUUUUGAUUAAUGCCUCAGAUAUAUAACUUUUCUAUUUUUUUUUGUGAAUAUUAAAUCGAUCUUGGAAGGCGGUAACUAGUUGUUGUGUUUCGUAAACUAAGAUUAGAAAGUUGUGGAACUAUAAAUUAAAGUUUUUUGACAAUAA